AUGCUUCUCAGCACGAUGCCCCUUCGCCUUCCUCUCGUUCUCUUGCCUCUCCUCCUCCUCUUCUUAUCCCCCCAGCGCGCACACGCCGCAGGAAAAACACACAUCUACAUCGACCAAAUCCCUCUCUACUCCUCCCUCGCACCCUGCGCACUCGACCGCGUAAGCGUCAUCGUGCGCAACCAGGCUUCCGGAUGCGGCGACGACACGCAGUUGACCUCCUUCGCAUGCUUCUGCAUCGAUUCGAGCAGCGAGUUUGCGAGCAUUAUAUCGACGGCCGUGGCGGAUCAGUGCGAGAGUGCGGCGACGCAGACGCAGGCGCAGACAUUCGCGAGUGGCAUCGAAGUCCGAAGUCCGGCGAUUACGGCUGCUGCGCGAUUGAGGAAGAGAGCGGGACUGGGAUUGGUGGCUAGAGCGACGCCAACGGGUGCUGCGGCGGGGGAUGUGCAGAGCGCGCUCGAAGUGUUUAAUAGCUAUUGUGCGAAGAGCACGGAGUUGACGAGAUUCAACCAACCCGCAACCAUCGUCGUCACUUCCCCACCCCAAGCCACCAUCACCAUCUCACCCACCUCCUCCUCCCCACCACCCAUCUCAUCUUCCACCUCUAAACCCCGCACCCCCCUCACCGCCAUCCUCCUCCCCACCAUCCUGCUUCCCAUCCUCGCCAUCCUAGCCCUGCUCUUCUUCCUCCACCGCCGCCGCCAGCGUCAAGCUGCCCAGCGGCCGAAAAUCUACGAAGCGCCAGAUAGCACCGCGGACCGCCCUCCCCCGCCCACCAAAGAUCUCAACUACGCCUACGCCAUGCGGCGCGAGCUCGUCGGCGAUGAGGGCAGGAGGAUGGAGGUGCCAGCAGCUGGUGGUGGUGGUGGGCGGAGAGUGAUAGGUGUGCAGGAGCUGGAGAGUCGGAAUAUGGCGGUGGAAUUGGAUGCUGGGGGUGUUGGGGAGAAGAGGGGGGAGAAGGAGGGGUGGGUGUGA